AUGUCAAAAUUGUGCUCCGAGUUUGCCAUGACUGAUCUCGGCCCACUAAGCUCUUUUCUUGGGAUUUUGGUUACUAGGCAUGCUGAUGGUUUAUUUCUAUCUAAAAACUCAUAUGCGACCGAAAUAAUUGCUCGUGCCAACAUGUCCUCAUGUAAGCCAUCCGCCACUCCCGUAGACACCAAAGCCAAACUAAGAUCCACUUCCGGCCCUCCCGUCGAUGAUCCAACUUUGUACCGAAGUCUAGCCGGGGCACUCCAAUACUUGACCUUCACUAGGCCUGAUAUCAGCUACGCCGUGCAACAAAUUUGUCUAUAUAUGCAUGACCCUCGCAAAGAGCACAUGGCUGCCCUUCGUCGCAUAUUGCGGUACCUUCAGGGGACCUUGAAACUCGGCCUUCAUCUUUAUUCAUCUCCCACCAGUAGCCUCAUCUCUUACUCGGAUGCCGACUGGGGUGGCUGCCCUAACACCCGUCGCUCAACGUCAGGCUACUGCGUCUUCCUUGGCGACAAUCUGAUUUCGUGGUCCGCCAAACGACAACCAACUGUAUCCAAAUCCAGCGCUGAAGCUGAAUACCGUGGCGUGGCCAACGUCGUUGCCGAAUCUUGUUGGUUGCGUAAUUUGCUUUUGGAGCUCCAUUGUCCUAUUACAAAAGCUACUGUUGUGUACUAUGAUAAUGUCAGCGCCGUGUACCUCUCCGGCAACCCUGUCCAACACCAACGGACUAAGCACAUCGAAAUGGACAUAAACUUUGUCCGAGAAAAGGUCGCGCUUGGCCAAGUCCGUGUUCUCCACGUCCCUUCUCGUUACCAAAUUGCACGAUAUAUUCACAAAGGGCCUUCCUCAACUUCUCUUUGA